GCGGCCGGGGCGGGACGUCCGGGCCGUGGGGGUGGCGCGGCCGACGUCUGGGCCGCGGCGGCCGGGCGGCGUCCUGAGGCGGCGGACCGGGGCACCGCCGGCUCCUGAGGGCGGCUCGGGCCCCUUCCGGCCCGGGGCUGGUCGGCGGGGCCGCGGGAGCAGGGCGGGCUGCGCGCCGGUCCGGCCCUGCCCUGCGGCCUGCGCUCGGCGUUCCGGGCCUCUGGGCCGCGCGCCCGCCCCAGGGCUGCGGGUCCGGCCGCCAUGCGUGGACCUUAAGGCGCCUUGCAGCCUUCUGAAGCGCUUUGACGUCUCUGAAGGGCUUUGUGUUGCAAACUAAAUGGAAGCGCUUCGUAGUCCCGGAAGCGCUUUGACAUCUCCGAAGUAGCGCCGUGCAAACUGGAGCUCUGGGUGAUCGCGGAAGCACGCUGUGGGCUUGAAAGUCGAACCGGAGCCUUUGGCAAAUCUUGGAUCGUUCUGACUUCUCCGAAGCGCUUUGGAAUCGCAAGCAGUCGAAGCGCUUUGGCAUCUCUGGAACCGUGAGAACUGUGAUGGGCAGUGGAAAGAAGGGGGAAAGGUGCCCAUGGCGUCGGAGCGGCGCAAGGUCAAGUACCACUGGAGCAGCACUUCGGGAGGGUGUCCCCGCAAGCGCAGCUGCCCCCGGGAGCCCGGUGAUGUGGCCCCCGCCCGCCGGUCCGCUCACAGCUCCGCGUCGCGUUCGGGAGGGGCUGGCAGCCCCAAGCGCCUGAAAGCCCAGCACGAGGACGAUGUGGCCCGCACGCCGCGGCUGUCCCGGGGCUCAUCCCGCCGCGGAAAUUCCUCCUCCUCCUCCCAUUCGUCUGGCCCAGGCGUGGGCGGGGCUGCCUCCCAAGGCGGCCUGAUUCGGAGCACACAGGGGUUCCUUUCGUCGAGGGAACCCCUUCCGCGCCCUGCCAACCCCUCGCUAGAAGAGAUGGCUUCUCUCGAGGAGGGAGCCUGCAGCCUUAAGGUUGAUUCCAAAGAUAGUUCUCGUAAUUCCAUGAACUCUGAAUUUGCAGCUGAAGCUGAAGGUCAGAAUGAUGCGACUGAGGAACCAAACAAGGUCCAGAAAAGGAAGAGGGAUAGACUUCGAGACCAAGGCUCUACAGUCAUCUACCUGAAGGCUCUCCAGGGCAUUCUGGGAAAGUCAAUGCCAAAAAGGAAGGGAGAGGCUACCUCUAGGGCAAAACCAAGCACAGGAGAGCCUCCCAGCCGCAGAGAAGGACCAGCCAGGAGUGUCACUGUGUCUGCUCCUCAGAAAGAGAGAGAGUCAGCCCCAGAAGUCAGAGCAGAGGAGAAAAAGCCUGUUCUGGAGGAGAGCAGCUUCUGCGACAGGAGAGUGGUGAUAGACCCUCAGGAGAAACCCAGAGAGGAGCCACCUGGGGACCGAAGGACAGUCAUUGACAAGUGCUCUCCACCCCUAGAGUUUUUGGAUGACUCUGACUCUCAUUUAGAAAGCCAAAAGCCUAAAGAAAGGGAGGUGGUGAUAGAGCACACCUCUUCAGGAAGUGACUGGUCCGAUGUGGAUGAGAUCUCCACGGUCAGAUUCUCUCAGGAGGAGCCCGUCUCGCUGAAACUCCCAGCAGUUCCAGAGCCUUCUACCUUCCCCACUGACUAUGUCAUGUACCCAGCUCAUUUAUACAGUAGUCCUUGGUGUGACUACGCCAGCUUUUGGACCAGCAGUCCCAAGCCUUCUAGCUACCCCUCCGCGGGUGGCAGCAGCAGCAGCAAUGACACAUCGCAGGCUGGGAGGAGCAGCCGGGGCUUCCUGAGUGAUUAUUCUCCCAACUCUACGGUGAGCUCCCAAAACACCUCCAGAGACCUGGAGGCGACAGAGGAGGGCAGAUCCCAGAAUUCUCGUUCAUUUCGUUUCUCCAGGAGCUCGGAAGAAGAGGUGAAGGAGAGAAGGACUUUCCAGGAGGAGACGCCACCACGUCCUUGCGGAGGACGUGCAUCUAGCUCCCUGCCAAGGAGCCAUCGGGAGCCAAGCCUAGAGGAGGGUUUCAUCGAUACCCAUUGUCACUUGGACAUGCUCUAUUCCAAGUUGUCUUUCAAAGGGACCUUUACCAAGUUCAGAAAAAUUUAUAGCAGCUCCUUCCCUAAGGAAUUUCAGGGCUGCAUCUCUGACUUCUGUGAUCCUCGGACACUGACAGAUUGCCUGUGGGAGGAGCUGCUGAAAGAGGAUCUGGUUUGGGGGGCCUUUGGCUGUCACCCUCAUUUUGCACGUUACUACAGUGAUAUUCAAGAAAGAAAUCUUUUGCAAGCCUUAAGGCACCCCAAAGCUGUGGCAUUUGGGGAAAUGGGCUUGGAUUACUCUUACAAGUGCACCACGCCUGUCCCAGAGCAGCACAAGGUGUUUGAGAGACAGCUGCAGCUGGCCGUAUCUCUAAAGAAGCCCUUGGUGAUCCACUGCCGAGAAGCUGACGAAGAUCUGCUGGACAUCAUGAAAAAAUUUGUGCCCUCGGACUACAAGAUCCAUAGGCAUUGCUUCACCGGCAGCUACCCUGUCAUCGAGCCCCUGUUGAAACACUUCCCCAACAUGUCUGUGGGCUUCACGGCAGUACUGACUUACUCCUCUGCCUGGGAGGCCCGGGAAGCUCUGAAACAGAUCCCACUGGAGAGAAUCAUCGUGGAAACUGAUGCUCCCUACUUCCUGCCUCGACAGGUUCCCAGAAGCCUCUGCCAGUAUGCCCACCCAGGCCUGGCCUUGCAUACGGUUCGAGAGAUUGCCAGGGUCAAAGAUCAGCCGCUCUCCCGUACUUUGGCCACUCUGCGUGAGAACACCAGUCGCCUCUACAACCUUUAAGCAGAGAGGGUGCAGUCAGGAGUCUCCCAGAAAAGGACGACCAGCAACCUGACGGAACAUAGGCUGGCUUUGACCUCUGCCUGUGUCCCGGGUCAAGGAUGUGUUUGGAGAGCCCAUUGGAGUGGAGAAAACCAGGCAGGAUGUUUUCCUUGAAACCUCAUCAUAAGGCUUCUGCUUCCAGCUGGGGGGUGGUGUGGGGUGGGGUGCAGUAGAGGGGGAUUAGGGCUGGGUUUUGCCUCCUGGCCACAGUGCUCCAGGACAGUCAGUGAAGAAGAAAGUGGCUGAUAAAAGGGUGCAACAAGUUUGCCAAUCCACAUCCCUCUUUUCUGCAGCCUGUGUUUUUAACAAUCUGUGAAUAAAGUCCCCCUCCUACUCGUCUAAGCAUAUGUGGGCGUGUAACUCGGUUCCUGGUUCUCAGUUCUAAAAAUGAACUGCUAAGUGGGAAAUCUCUGGGGGACAUUCACUGGAGACUUGUCUCAGAGGUUUAUUUUCCUGCAACCCAUGAAGUCAUCCCCCUUCCUUCCCUGGAUAACUCUUCAAUUUGGCUGUCACUGUUGCUGCAUCAGCUUUGCAUCAGCACAGGCGAAAGGACCUUGGCUGCUGGUCUCACUGGUUCCACUGCCAUCAAUAUGGAGGGGCAGAGGAGUGAUCGUUGUCCAGGGAAAGUCCUGGCAGAUGGCGAUCCUGACAGAUUGGGGGACUCAAGGAAGAGGACUUCUUGAGGAAGAGGACCCCAAAGAAGGUGUUCCCACUUUCUGAUGCCCCCAGGGCUGCAGCUCCGGUGUGUUAAACUAAUAAGGGUCCACUGUGCAGCAGAAGCUACCUGCUAGUCUACUGUCAGAGAGUCCUAGCUGCCCUUUGCUCCAUUUUUGCCCCCUUCUGGAACACUGGACCAAAAAUAUUCUUCUGUUUCAUCCCAUAUAACAGCCCCUUGAUUGCCCCCACCCAGGUUGAGAGGUAAACCAAUUUAAUUCUCCAAAGCUCUGCUGGGCCUGCUCAGCCAUGUUCUAUUGCCUAUGCAGAACAAGGAGGCCUGGUGUCUAUAAAUUUCUCCCCUUCUUGGGGCUCUCCCUUGCCUUUGCCUCCUCUGUGUCUUUUCUCCAUGUUGGAAGUGAGAGCCUCUUCUUUGUCUUUUGAGAAGCUGGGUCAUCUCAAGUUCUGAGCUGUUCCCUGCUCCCUGCUGGUGCCUUGUAAAAGUAUAUUCAUUACAGGCCCCGGAAGGUUAUAAUGGUCACGGGUUAAUUGUGAGGACACUGCACUUUGUCCAAAAGGAUCCUUUACCCCAAUCUCCCACAGUGAGAAGGCCACCCUGAGUCCCUUGUCUGCUUCUUGGAAGCCAGUAGCUUAAGUUGUAAAAUCCAUCACUUAUGCUGGAUUCCUCUAGGUGUUUUUGGAAGGUGCGUUUAAACCUUGUAAACUAAAAGUGAAUGGACUUAACAUUUCAAAUCUGAUAUUUCCGUCUUGCCCUGAUACACAAGUCGUUAGCCAGGGAAGUAGGCCUUGAUUCACUGUCGACUUUCCGUGGAUCAGCUGUGUGUUGUUUGUGCCUCAGAUUUGCCCAUGUGGGGAAUCGGGCCUUGUUCUCCUGCUUGCAAGAUUUGGGGCACUGCUAAGUAUUUUCAGGGUGCUUUAUUGUCACCCAAAUAAACUGCAGCAUAUCCAUCUCCUUCACAACAAGCCCUACAAGUCAAUACUGCCUGCGUGGGAAACCAACUAGUCCUGGGUUAGGAUUAAAAGUGAUGACUCAACAGAUGUCUCUGAGCCUAUGCAGUCUCCCUGCCAAGGUAAAGCACAGGUGCUAUAUACUUUUUUCUCUAGGAUUUAGGAUUAUCAUUUCUGUGCUGUUACACAGUGAAACUUUACCUGUGAGGGUGUGAAAGCUGGUGGGCAUUGUUUUUGAUUCAGUUUUUGAAUGGCUGACUUGAUUGUUUUCGCUGUGCUGCUGGAAUGCCACUGUAUCCCCCCAGCUUGGCCAUCUCUUUCUGAAAAUAAAGUGAUGGAUCUUCAGCCAACUCCCAUGUUGUCCAUGUUUGUUUAGAUUUCUCAUAAUGAUAACAAUGGUUUAGUUGUUGGCCAGCUUUAUAACCUGAGAAUCCAAAGGUCUGGAGACAUUCUCAAGUAUGUAUGUGCCUCUCUGCAAAAUUAAACUGGAAAUGAGAAUGCAUGGUACCUUCUUAAAAGUUCUGCUGCCUUUGUGCAUUAACUUUCAUUGCACUGCCUGGGAGCUCAGAUGCACUGCUGCUUCUUAGCCUUUGAAAAGUACAUGGAUACCUUUUCUUUUUUUCCAGGGCGAUGCAGUAGGAGGAAGAAAAAUGGAGUAUAUGGGGGUGUUGUUGAUGAAUCAGUUGUACUGUAGGCUUUGGAAUGUGAACUCCUCUGAUGCGUCUGGGUAAACUUGGGAGGAAAUUCUGUUUCACUACUUGGAGUCAGUCCUCUUAAUUUUGUACUAAGGUAUUCUUGAACACAAGUGCACAAGCCAAAAGUAAACCUGUAAAAAGGAAGGCUCUGUUCCAAGAAUGCUAAACAAACUCGAAAUCUCGGUUGAUUCUUCAUCUUUGAGACACAGUUAGUGACUGUAUUUUCAGCAUAUUCCUUCACUUUGUCUCAGUUCCUUUCCAGUUGAAAACAGUUGACUGCGUCCACUCAGUGAUGGUCUAUUUGUGGCUGAAAAUCUGCUGCUCUUGGCUUUUCUGGUGUUUCCAUCUUUCUGUAUUAAGUUUGAGACCAAUAUUAAUCAUUUACUGUCAGCAUUUUCAUUUUUGCUUCAUUUUUAUAAAGUAAGGGCAAAUGGCCACUGAAAUACACGAUGAUUGAACAAACUCUGUCAAAAAAAAAAUGGCAGAGAACUGUCAGUCAGUGGCCAGCCAGCCCUGUGAUCACCGUAAACACUCAUUUCUCAGUGAUCUUUGAAAGUGUAUUCAGAUUAGGAAAGGUAGCCAAGUGUGGGCCUUUGUUCUGUUGGCACACCGCCAUAAGAGAAUUUCUGAGCAUGCACCUAUAAGUGUGUAGUAAGUUAAAUACAUGUGCUACUAUACUAAUGUACUAGACAUGUUAAAGCAGAAAAUAAAAGUGUUUUUGAAGGAGAAUUGUUUUCUCCAGCAAAUAUCUCACUCGCCCCAGGGGUAAAUACACACUGCUUCAGAGAACCUUAAGUUAGUGGUAUCAUUGAAUGAUGCAUGGAGGAGGAGGUUUAAGAAAGCUGACAUAGGACUGUACGUGAAAUGCUACAUUUUCUCAAGUGUGUCCUGUUUCCUUUGAUAAAUUUUAUUUCUGCCAAUUGUUGACUUGAAAUUGUUCUCAUCCCACUCCAAGUUGACCCAGUGUAUUAUGAAGGAAAAUGAAGAACAGAAACAAAAGAAAUCCCUUGGAUCCUAGGCAGUAGGGCCAGGGAAGUAACGUUGAUUGACAGUAGAAUAUGAAAGAGCAGAGACCCCGAGUACUACAGCUCUGAAUAUGAGUAGUCAGUGUAUUUGCUAUGUGACCUUGGAAGUUUACUUAAUUUCUCUGAACUUGAGCUUUCUCUCUCUUAUGUGGGCUUGUUGUGAAAAUUAACUGAAAUUACAUUAAUUACAUGUAAGUCUUUAGAACUCAAUGCCUGGUGCACAACAGGAAUGCAGUAGAUGAUAGCUGUUAGAAUAAUUGAAUGCCUACUAUAUGCCAGGUAUCCACGUGGGAGAUACUAGGUUCAGUCUUGACAGUAACCCAGGUGGGUGUUUUACAUGUGAGGAGCCUGAGAAAUUCAGUGUCUUGGUCUGGAUCACACAGCUGGUAUUCAAAUUUGGGUCUGAGCCUAAAGCCCAUAGCUUUCCACCACACCUUGCUGCCUGGCCCAGAUGAGAGUGCCUGGUGUUGAAUGAAUGACCUAGGCAAGUAGGAGAGAAUGCUUGUGAGUCCUCUGAGAGAGGAGUAAGCCCUGGUCUUUGCUAGAGGAAGCAUCAGGUGACCAGCCUUGCCCCCCAGGGCGUUGCAUGCGUCCUCUCCCGAGCCCAGUUGGUGGCUGCUGCUUCACCGAGUUAGGAGCUGGUUUCCUGGACCACUUUGACCACCUGCGGGCAUUGGAUCCUCCUCUCUAGCUAUUGAGAAGAGGGCUGUGGGCAUGGUUAGCGAUGAUCAGGGUUGCACCCCACUAAGCAAUAGAACUGGGAUGUGGCUCAGCUCCAGGACAGAAUGUCGGUCUCGGCGUCAGUGCUAGGGAGCUGGGUAGUAGGCGGCUGGCUAUCCGGAGGUUGACGGGGGUCAUUUCCCUCCUCUUCUGCUUCCUUUCUCUCUCUUCCCUCUCUUUCCCCACUUAGUUCAUCUCUUCUCCAAUACCUUAAAUUCUUUUAACGGUGAUAACACCUUCCAAUCUAUUAUUACUGAGGCUUAGAGGCAGAUGCUUUUGGAAGCAAAGACUCAGUGAACUAAGUCACUGUGUAGUCAUAUAGUCAGGUGUGUAUAUAGUCAUCUGAGAGAUAGAAGAGUAUGUGUGUGGUCUGCCCAAGGGAUGGACAUGGAAUUGACAAGAGAGCUGAGGCUAGAGACGUGGGGGAAGGUACGUCAAAGAGGAAACAGCCCCCCAUCUGGCCAGGUCUGAAUUUUCCUAAGAGUUAUAUGAGAGUCGACACCUGCUCUAUGCCAGGUGGGGUAAUGUGGCUCUGCAGUGUGCUGUGCUGCCUGAAUAGGAUCCUCUAAUAGUUGCCUCUAACCGGCCCCGUGGCUUAGCGGUUAAGUGCGUGUGCUCCGCUGCUGGCAGCCCGGGUUCGGAUCCCGGGCGCGCACCGACGCACCGCCUCUCUGGCCACGCUGAGGCCGCGUCCCACAUACAGCAACUAGAAGGAUGUGCAACUAUGACAUACAACUAUCUACUGGGGCUUUGGGGGGAAAAUAAAUAAAUAAAUAAAAUUAAUAGUUGCCUCUAAGCCACUUUAUAUAAGCCAUGUAAUAGCCAGAUGAUCUUGUUAAAAUGCAGAUCCUGAUAUAGUAGGGUAGGGCCAGAGAUUCUGCAUUCCCAAGAGGCUCGCAGAUGAUGGUGACGUUCCAUAGACCACAUGCAGUUCCUUGAUUAGGGAUGGCAGUUGGGUUUCGGUGCGCCUGCCAAGUCUGAUCAAUGGUUAGUGCCCAUAGGGCUGUGCCUUAAGUGCCAGGUGGCCAGAAUUUUACUGGAGAAGAUACUUGGCUCCUAGAGCCUUCUGUGAUAGAGGUUUUUCCAGAGUGUGGAUAUUACCCCAACUCUGUCUGCAGAGGGGUGCCCUACAGGUGUCUGCAUGGGCAGGUUGGCAGGGCUUAUCUUUGGAGUCUCCCUGUUCUUUGCCUUUUCCUUUCCUUUGUGAUUGACCUGUCUAUUAUCACCAGCUCUCAGUAAUCAGUUCACAUGUUUAUGCUAAAGUGUAAAUGACUGAUAAGUGACAUUCCUUCCAGAAAGACUGGUGUCUUCAGUGGACUUAAGUUGUAGAACCUAAGGAUCAAGGCUCAUUUCAGCUGUGAGCUGGAGUUGGAUAUGUUUUGGACACCUACCUGUAUCAGUGAAGUGGCCAAGGCAAUGGCCAGCCUUGUCCAUAUGAGACAGCAUUUGCUUUGCCAGGCCUUAUCAGUAGUGGACAAGGAGGAAGGAGAAGCAGUUAUUUCAGCCCUGUCUAGCAGUGGCUAGUAGCCGUCGUUAGCACCCCACUUAUGUAUCACAUAACUUCAAACUCAUGCUUUGGCAUUCCCAGCUUCCUAUUCUGAUCUUGAAUGUCAAUUCAAUGGAUGUUGGCUCUGAUAAUGUCACCUGAAGUUUCUUUGUCCAGACAGUCCUUGCUGAUUGUUAGUAAGCUCUCAAUGCAACUUUGAUGCACUCAGGAGUCUGACGUUUAAGGAAACUGUCUUUCUGUCUUCCUCUCUUCCCUCUCUCCCCCUCCUCCUCCUGUCAUACAUUCCCCCAAUAGUCUGUCUGCUUGUAUGUGGAUCUAAUUUGGUUUUCUGAGCAUGAACACCUGCCUUGCUGCGUAUCCUUUUUUCUUACUAUUGACCACAGACGAUAGACCAAGAAUUGUUUGUUUUCAGAGAAAUGUAAUAUUUUCGUCUUUGGUGAAAUAAAUUCCCAUUUUGAACAUCCA